CCUUCUAAGGUCUCUUCCAGCUCUAUGAUUCUAUGACUAGCUAGACUAUAAAGAGAAAACACUCUUGUACAGUAUUUUGUGUAUGCUUAUCGGUUAAUGGUCCCAGUUAAUCUCAAUAUCCUCUCUCCUGCGUGCUCUGCAUUUAAAACUUGAACUGGCAGGCUGGCUUAGUCCCAGCCUGCCAGUCCAAGUUUUCAAUGAAGAGAUUGCAGGGGAGCUGCCUACCACCAUGAGCUGCUGCCUCUGAUACAGCCGCUGUCCACAGAGGGCUUGGGCUGCUGCCACCCUGCACUGUAGCCUCUGGAAACUUCUGUUAGUUGUCCAAAGAAAAGCUAGUCUACUUCAUCCUCCCUACUCUCUAAUUUCCCUGAGCAUUUUAAAGUCACUUUUACCAUCCUGGUCAGGUGGUCGGUAAUAUAUCUCUACUGCUAUAUUCUUAUUAGAACACAGAAUCCGUAAAGAUUCUAUGGUACGGUUUGGUUCAUUUAAGAUUUUUACCUCAUUUGAUUCUACACUUUCUUUCACAUGUAAUGCCACUCACCCACAGCAUGACCUGUUCUGUCCUUCUCAUAGAUUUUGUACGCUAGUAUUUGAACCAAUACUGAUGAGAUUUUGGAAAUGUCAAACAGGAGGCAAGUGCUCGAAGAGUAGAGGGACAGGGUCUGUGAGGCAGGUAGGAUCAGUCCCCAGAGGAUUUUAACAAAAGUAGGGCAAUUUAAACUAUCCUGAAAUGAAUGAGAAGCCAGUAGAGGAGUUUGCUGUUGUGAUUGCACUUUUUAUAGAUUUGAGAAGGCAGGCAGCUGCAUUCUACGUGUGCUAACAUCUGGACGACUGGUCCCAGGGAUGCCAGAGAGGAUGGAAUUAAAGAGCUAGGUGUCAUAAUGACAGGAGUCUGAAGAAUGGAUGAGAUAAAAUGAUCUAAAUAGCUCUUGUUAGAGAAUGCUCACAGGAAUCUGGAUGCACGCUCAGAAGGCAAUAUUGUGUUGAAUUUAACUAGGAACUACAAAUAAAUGGAGAUGUGUGCGUUUCUCCUCACAUCAUACGUUAUUUAUGUUGCAUUCUAUGGUAUCCUGUUUCUUUCACAUUCCAAGAUGAUAUGAUUUACUUAUAUCCAUUGUCAUUGCAGCUCUCAUUUCUUCACCUGAUUCCAUGCUGAGUGAGGCACACCUAUUGUUUUGAGAAGGAAAAUGCUUUCUUCAUGGAUGCUUCAUGUUACUGAAGAUCACCUUGUUUUGUGUGAGUAGAGACGUGGUGAGCAGAUGAAUCUGUUCAGCCAAGCACCGUUCCAGUAAUUAGCUAGCACAAUGGAGCAUCACAGCAGGGAUGAGAUGAACUCGAAAGAGGAAAGUCCACAAGUGUGGUCUGAAUCUGCUGAACAGGAACAGAAUACUGCUCAGGUGCACUUUGUCCCUGAAGGUGGAGCAGUGGCACAAAUUGUGUACAGUGAUGAUCAGGACCGGCCCCCUCAGCAAGUCGUCUACACAGCAGAUGGAACCUCUUACACUUCAGUGGACACCUCAGAGCACACAUUGGUUUACAUCCAUCCUGUGGAGGCUACACAGACUUUGUUUACAGAUCCGUCCCAAGUGGCUUAUGUCCAGCAGGAUGCCACAACGCAGCAGGUAACUGUGCUCUUGCCUGCUGCUGCUCAGAGCAUGAACCCUACAAACCUCUCCGUGCUCGGCAACGUUGCUGAAUCCCCUCGGCAAAUGGCUCUGGAGCAGGGGCCACAAACAGACAGAGCAUCAUUACCAGUGCAUAACCAGGUAUUACCUCCUAUGGAUGCAGUGGAUGGUUCUGAUCCGUUAGCAUCUCUGCAGAACCCAAUGGGUACAAUGGAAACAAAAGAGGAAGAUGAUGAUGAUGACGAUGAAGAUGAAGAUGAAGAUGAAGACGCGGAAGAUACUGAUUUGGAUGAAUGGGACCCAGAUCCACCUCGACCUUUUGACCCCCAUGAUUUAUGGUGUGAAGAGUGUAACAACGCACAUCCCUCGGUGUGUCCGAAACAUGGACCUUUGCAUCCAAUCCCAAACCGGCCAGUGCUGACCAGAGCAAGAGCCAGCCUCCCCUUAGUACUUUAUAUAGACAGAUUUUUAGGGGGAGUGUUCUCCAAAAGACGCAUUCCCAAGCGCACACAGUUUGGCCCCGUGGAGGGACCGUUGGUCAGACAAACUGAACUGAAAGACUGCUACAUCCAUUUAAAGGUGUCUCUUGAGAAGGGCGACAGAAAAGACAGGGAUCUACAAGAGGACCUGUGGUUUGAGCUGUCUAGUGAGGCACUUUGUAAUUGGAUGAUGUUUGUACGUCCAGCCCAGAACCACCUGGAGCAGAACCUGGUGGCAUACCAAUAUGGCCACCAUAUUUAUUAUACAACAAUUAAGAAUGUGGAGCCCAAACAGGAACUGAAGGUAUGAGACGUUCACCCUUCAUAACUCUCCUUUAUAUUGGGAAAGAAAGUGAAUCGAAUCGUAUAAAAAUAUCCCAAAUACUCAACUCAUUUAUGUUCCACCUAAGCUACAAAUUGAAAUCCUGUUAUUGCCAGGUCCCUGGACCUGGUUAACUCAAGUGUAUACAAGGCCUUAAACAUUAGGGCUUAUUGCUCUAAAAUAGUCUGAGCAAUUUCUUAACUUACUUAGCUAGCCAAAACAUAUGGGGACCUGAUCCACAGCCCACUGCAGUAAGGAGAAAAACUGUCAUUGAUUUCAAUAGGCUUUGGAUCAGAUCCUGAAUGAGGAAACUUAA